CCACUUCCUCGUUCUGGACUGGGCUGGCCGCGCGAGGAGCGGGCGGCGGCAGCCACGGGGGGGAUUCCCGCCGCGGGGGCCGCAGCUGCGCGGGAUUAAAUCGGCCGCCCGGACUCCGGCGGCUGAGGCAGGCGUGGGCUGCGCGGCCGUGGAGGGGCGUGAAGGCGCUGGAGCAAAGUGCUGGUGGCGGCGCGGGAGGCGGUGGCGGAGGCUGCCCGGAGCCGACAUGACCAGGCUCUGAAAGUGUUCCAGCUGAAAUUUCAGAUCGGUCCGGCUCGCUGCGGCUUCUGCGGCAGGGAUUCCAAGCUGCCAGUGUGUGCUGGUGCCGAGCUGCAGGAUGGUGCACGUAGCCAGGCCGCUGCUGCUGCUCCUUGCCUUCUUCCUCCACGCGGAUGCUGAGACACCUCCAAGGUUUACACGAACUCCCGUUGACCAGACAGGGGUCUCUGGUGGAGUUGCCUCUUUCAUUUGCCAAGCGACAGGAGACCCAAGACCUAAAAUUGUCUGGAACAAAAAAGGAAAGAAAGUCAGCAAUCAGAGAUUUGAGGUAAUAGAGUUUGACGAUGGAUCUGGAUCAGUUCUCAGAAUACAACCCUUACGGACUCCACGAGAUGAGGCAAUUUAUGAAUGUGUGGCCUCGAAUAACGUGGGAGAAAUAAGUGUAUCCACCAGACUCACAGUUUUACGUGAGGAUCAAAUUCCCAGGGGCUUCCCUACCAUUGACAUGGGCCCACAGUUGAAGGUGGUUGAGCGUACACGCACCGCCACCAUGCUUUGUGCAGCCAGUGGGAAUCCGGAUCCAGAAAUCACUUGGUUCAAAGAUUUCUUACCUGUCGACACAAGCAACAACAAUGGCCGUAUUAAGCAGUUACGAUCAGGAGCCCUUCAGAUCGAACAGAGUGAAGAAUCUGACCAAGGAAAAUAUGAGUGUGUUGCCACCAACAGCGCGGGCACUCGCUAUUCUGCCCCUGCCAAUUUAUAUGUCAGAGUUCGCCGUGUCCCACCAAGAUUCUCUAUCCCACCCACUAAUCACGAAAUCAUGCCAGGUGGAAGUGUUAAUAUCACCUGUGUUGCUGUGGGGUCACCAAUGCCUUAUGUGAAGUGGAUGUUGGGGGCAGAAGAUCUGACACCUGAAGAUGAUAUGCCAAUAGGAAGAAAUGUCCUAGAGCUGAAUGAUGUAAGACAGUCAGCAAAUUAUACCUGUGUUGCUAUGUCGACACUGGGUGUCAUUGAAGCAAUAGCCCAGAUCACUGUCAAAGCCUUACCCAAACCUCCAGGAACUCCUAUCGUGACUGAGAGCACAGCUACAAGCAUCACACUGACAUGGGACUCUGGGAACCCUGAGCCUGUCUCUUACUACAUCAUUCAGCAUAAACCUAAAAAUUCUGAAGAACCUUACAAAGAAAUUGAUGGGGUGGCGACCACACGCUACAGUGUCGCUGGACUAAGUCCCUACUCGGAUUAUGAAUUCAGGGUUGUUGCUGUCAAUAACAUCGGGCGAGGGCCUCCCAGUGAGCCCGUGCUAACACAGACCUCAGAGCAAGCACCGUCCAGUGCCCCCAGGGAUGUCCAGGCGCGGAUGUUGAGUUCAACCACCAUUUUGGUACAGUGGAAGGAACCUGAAGAGCCAAAUGGACAGAUUCAAGGAUACCGAGUUUAUUAUACAAUGGAUCCCACUCAGCAUGUUAACAACUGGAUGAAACACAAUGUAGCUGACAGCCAAAUCACUACUAUUGGCAACUUAGUGCCCCAGAAGACGUAUUCUGUCAAAGUCCUGGCUUUUACCUCAAUUGGAGAUGGUCCUCUUUCAAGUGACAUACAAGUCAUCACUCAGACAGGAGUGCCAGGGCAGCCACUAAACUUCAAGGCAGAACCUGAAUCCGAAACAAGUAUUUUGCUCUCUUGGACGCCUCCACGUUCAGACACCAUUGCCAACUAUGAACUGGUCUACAAAGACGGGGAGCAUGGAAAGGAGCAACGGAUUACCAUUGAGCCAGGGACAUCUUACAGACUGCAAGGGCUGAGACCAAACAGCUUGUACUACUUCCGUCUGGCUGCACGCUCUCCCCAAGGCCUGGGUGCUUCCACAGCUGAAAUAUCAGCCAGAACCAUGCAGUCAAAGCCGUCAGCUCCUCCUCAAGACAUUAGUUGCACCAGCCCAAGUUCCACUAGUAUUUUGGUAAGUUGGCAACCUCCACCAGUGGAAAAACAGAAUGGCAUUAUUACUGAAUACUCCAUCAAGUAUACCGCAGUGGAUGGAGAAGAUGACAAACCUCAUGAGAUUUUGGGAAUUCCUUCGGACACUACCAAAUACCUUUUGGAACAGCUGGAAAAAUGGACUGAGUACCGGAUCACUGUGACAGCCCACACAGAUGUCGGCCCUGGCCCUGAGAGCUUGUCCGUGUUGAUUCGAACCGAUGAAGAUGUUCCUAGUGGUCCUCCUCGCAAAGUCGAGGUAGAGGCUGUCAACUCAACAUCUGUUAAAGUCUCAUGGCGCUCACCUGUGCCCAAUAAACAGCAUGGCCAGAUAAGAGGAUACCAGGUGCAUUAUGUGAGGAUGGAAAAUGGUGAACCCAAGGGCCAGCCCAUGCUGAAGGAUGUCAUGCUGGCUGAUGCACAGUGGGAAUUUGAUGAUACUACUGAACAUGACAUGGUCAUUUCUGGGCUACAGCCUGAAACUUCCUACUCCCUCACUGUCACAGCCUACACCACCAAAGGAGAUGGAGCUCGCAGCAAACCCAAACUGGUGUCCACCACUGGGGCAGUUCCAGGGAAACCCCGGCUUGUGAUUAACCACACUCAGAUGAAUACUGCUCUCAUUCAGUGGCACCCCCCUGUGGACACAUUUGGACCCCUCCAGGGCUACCGUCUAAAAUUUGGCCGGAAGGAUAUGGAGCCACUCACUACUCUUGAGUUCUCUGAAAAAGAAGAUCACUUCACAGCGACAGACAUCCACAAAGGAGCAUCGUACAUCUUCAGGCUCUCAGCCAGAAACAAAGUGGGCUUUGGGGAGGAGAUGGUGAAGGAGAUUUCUGUUCCAGAAGAAGUCCCAACUGGAUUCCCUCAAAACCUCCACUCAGAAGGCAGCACGUCAACCUCUGUCCAGUUAUCUUGGCAGCCACCUGUCCUGGCAGAGAGAAAUGGCAUUAUCACCAAGUAUACCCUUCUGUAUAGGGAUAUCAAUAUCCCUCUUCUUCCAAUGGAGCAGCUUAUUGUUCCAGCUGACACCACUCUGACACUCAGUGGCUUAAAACCAGAUACCACAUAUGAUGUAAAAGUACGUGCUCACACGAGCAAAGGCCCCGGGCCAUAUAGUCCCAGUGUCCAGUUCAGGACACUGCCUGUGGAUCAAGCAGUGUUUGCAAAAAAUUUUCAUGUCAAAGCAGUCAUGAAGACUUCAGUGCUACUGUCUUGGGAGAUUCCAGAGAAUUAUAAUUCUGCCAUGCCUUUCAAAAUUCUUUAUGAUGAUGGGAAAAUGGUAGAAGAAGUGGAUGGCCGAGCUACCCAGAAGUUAAUUGUCAACCUGAAGCCUGAGAAGUCAUAUUCAUUUGUGCUGACAAAUCGUGGCAACAGUGCUGGGGGGCUGCAGCACAGGGUAACUGCAAAGACUGCACCAGAUGUUCUACGUACCAAGCCAGCCUUCAUUGGGAAGACCAACUUGGAUGGCAUGAUUACCGUGCAACUGCCCGAAGUACCUGCAAAUGAGAAUAUAAAAGGUUACUACAUAAUAAUUGUGCCUUUGAAGAAAUCUCGUGGGAAAUUUAUCAAGCCAUGGGAGAGUCCAGACGAAAUGGAAUUAGAUGAGCUGCUUAAAGAGAUAUCUAGGAAACGCAGAAGCAUUCGUUAUGGGAGAGAAGUUGAAUUGAAGCCAUAUAUUGCCGCUCACUUUGAUGUCCUUCCCACUGAGUUCACCCUGGGGGACGACAAACAUUAUGGUGGAUUUACAAACAAGCAACUCCAAAGUGGUCAAGAAUAUGUCUUCUUUGUGUUAGCAGUGAUGGAACACGCAGAGUCUAAGAUGUAUGCAACCAGCCCUUACUCUGAUCCUGUUGUGUCAAUGGAUUUGGAUCCACAGCCAAUCACAGAUGAAGAAGAAGGCUUGAUCUGGGUUGUAGGUCCUGUCCUUGCAGUGGUCUUUAUCAUCUGCAUUGUCAUAGCCAUUCUUCUUUACAAAAGGAAGAGGGCAGAGUCUGAUUCUAGAAAGAGCAGCAUACCAAACAGUAAGGAGGUCCCUUCACACCAUCCAACAGACCCAGUAGAACUGAGGCGCCUUAAUUUCCAAACACCAGGUUCAGAUGAUUCCGGUUACCCUGGUAACCUUCAUUCUUCAAGUAUGGCUAGCCAUCCUCCAAUACCUAUCUUGGAACUCGCAGAUCACAUUGAAAGGUUAAAAGCAAAUGACAACUUGAAGUUUUCCCAGGAAUAUGAGUCAAUUGACCCUGGCCAGCAGUUCACAUGGGAACAUUCAAACUUGGAAGUAAACAAACCAAAGAACAGAUAUGCAAAUGUAAUCGCAUAUGAUCAUUCCCGAGUUCUCCUAUCAGCAAUAGAAGGAAUCCCAGGAAGUGACUAUGUGAAUGCUAACUACAUAGAUGGCUAUAGGAAACAAAAUGCCUAUAUUGCAACCCAGGGAUCUCUCCCCGAAACAUUUGGGGACUUUUGGAGAAUGAUAUGGGAACAACGGAGUGCCACAGUUGUUAUGAUGACAAAACUAGAAGAACGAUCCAGGGUGAAGUGUGACCAGUAUUGGCCCAGUAGAGGCACAGAAACCCAUGGGCUUGUCCAAGUGACGCUGCUAGAUACCGUGGAGCUGGCCACGUAUUGUGUUCGAACGUUUGCACUUUACAAGAAUGGUUCAAGUGAGAAGAGAGAAGUAAGACAAUUCCAGUUCACCGCCUGGCCUGAUCACGGUGUUCCAGAACACCCAACACCUUUUCUAGCUUUCUUACGGAGAGUCAAAACCUGUAACCCUCCUGAUGCAGGUCCAAUGGUUGUGCACUGCAGCGCGGGAGUUGGCCGGACUGGCUGUUUCAUUGUGAUAGACGCCAUGUUAGAAAGAAUAAAGCAUGAAAAAACUGUAGACAUUUACGGCCAUGUAACUUUAAUGAGAGCCCAGAGGAAUUACAUGGUUCAGACAGAAGACCAGUACAUCUUUAUCCACGAUGCACUGUCGGAGGCAGUGACUUGCGGGGAUACCGAAGUGCCGGCUAGAAACUUGUAUGCCUACAUUCAGAAGCUGACACAAAGAGAAACAGGAGAGAAUGUCACAGGGAUGGAGCUCGAAUUUAAGCGUCUAGCCAGUUCUAAAGCUCACACCUCAAGAUUCAUCAGUGCCAAUCUUCCAUGUAAUAAAUUCAAAAAUCGCCUUGUUAAUAUUAUGCCAUAUGAAUCCACAAGGGUAUGCCUGCAGCCUAUCCGAGGAGUAGAAGGAUCUGAUUACAUCAAUGCCAGUUUUAUUGAUGGAUACAGACAACAGAGAGCUUACAUCGCUACCCAGGGGCCCUUGGCAGAGACCACCGAAGACUUCUGGCGGAUGCUGUGGGAGCACAAUUCCACCAUCGUUGUGAUGCUCACCAAGCUGCGUGAGAUGGGCAGAGAGAAAUGUCACCAGUACUGGCCAGCAGAACGAUCUGCAAGAUACCAGUACUUUGUUGUAGAUCCCAUGGCUGAGUACAACAUGCCACAAUAUAUACUAAGAGAAUUCAAGGUCACAGAUGCCAGGGACGGGCAGUCCCGAACCGUGAGGCAGUUCCAGUUCACUGACUGGCCAGAGCAAGGAGUGCCAAAGUCUGGAGAAGGAUUUAUUGACUUCAUUGGCCAAGUCCAUAAAACAAAAGAGCAGUUUGGCCAAGAUGGACCCAUUUCAGUCCAUUGCAGUGCGGGCGUUGGAAGAACUGGAGUCUUCAUAACACUAAGCAUUGUUUUGGAAAGAAUGAGAUAUGAAGGAGUAGUAGAUAUCUUCCAGACUGUCAAAAUGUUAAGAACGCAACGACCAGCCAUGGUGCAGACAGAGGAUCAGUAUCAGUUUUGCUAUCGAGCCGCACUAGAGUACCUGGGCAGCUUUGAUCACUAUGCAACGUAGAAACCCCUGACCCACUUUGGAUUUUUACUGCAAGCCCUUCAAUAUCCAUGGAGUCUCUUCUGAGCCAUACAGGGCAUUUGAGAAGUCCUUCUUAACUUCUAGCUAACAACCACUUAGUGGGACUAUCACACAAAACAAAUUUAAAAAAACAAACUCUUCCGGGUGGACCAAGAAUUCACAGUUUAAUAAUCUAACCUGAGAAAUAAUAAAGAGAGUCCUGACUGAUGAGGCAUCUGAAGGAUUUUAUUUACAGAUACCUCAAGGAUUCAAAAUAAAGGGAAGAAGAAAUCACAGCAAAGAACCGCCAUCUUGUUCAGGAUUGCUUGAUGGGUGCAAAGAGAAAUGGCCUGAGUGCAGCAGUUCAGGGCAAGAUCUUUGCUGGCUUCUCAUGACAAAAUUGACUCUGCUUUGACAUCGCCCCUUCCCACCAUACUACCCAUGAUAACAUUUUAGGGGGAAAGGGGAUGGGGAAUGUUUAAAAAGAAAGUCUUUGAUUUAGUUUUUUAGUAUUGUAAAGAUAUUGCUGACCUGUGCUUCAUUUUUA